AUGGCAACAUAUCUUUUCGCAUCCUUCCGCAAUUCUCACUGUUUUCCUUCCCGGCAGUCAUCAACCGAAAUCGUCGCUAGCUCCCGCUUCGUUAUAAGAUCGCUGAACGAUAACCCCCUACCUACCACGGUACCACCCCCGCGAAACCCGUAACCGUUUAUCCAACCUGGAACCGACAACCCCCCCGGUCCCGCAUAUCUCACUGACCGACCGACCGACCACGCACUGGGCAGACGCAACCUCUCCUUUUCAACAACAACCACCCAUCUUGAAACCAUACCGAACCGAAGCACGCAAUAUUCCAACCUACGUGCAAGAAAUUUUCAUAUCGACCUUUUGACAACGAAAAACCUCCCACGAGAACCACCCCGAAUAACCUACACUAUGGACCACGCGCACAUGGAUCACUCAAAGAUGGACCACUCCGCCAUGGACCACGGCGACAUGGGAGGUCACGGAAUGACAGGCGGCAUGGGCGACCGUUGCAGCAUGAACAUGCUCUUCACCUGGGAAACCAAGAACCUCUGCAUCGUCUUCCGCCAAUGGCACGUCCGCUCCACCGGCGGCCUCGUCAUCUCCCUCCUCCUCGUCGUCGCACUCGCCGCAGGCUACGAAGCCCUCCGCGCCGCAUCCCGCCGUUACGAGAACUCUGUGAAUAAGCGCGUCGACUCGCUCCCGAGCGUCGCUGGAACCGUUACUGAGACAACCCCCUUCCUAUGGACAGGACGCGAACAGGCAGAGGCCAGCAGGAGCGCACACCUCGUCAAGGCCGCCCUCUAUGCCGCGCAGAACUUUUACGCCUUUAUGCUCAUGCUCGUUUUCAUGACGUACAACGGCUGGGUCAUGGUCGCCGUCGCCAUCGGCGCAUUCGUGGGAUACGCCGCCUUCGGAAGCUCAACUUCCUCGACCAAGGACAAUGCAUGCCAUUGAUAGCUGAUUUCCCUCACCCGCGUUCGCGCAAGGGCCUAAGCAGGCCUCAACAACCAUAGACAUACUUUGUAUUUUCCCUCGCACAAUAGCUUUCUGUUUUUGGAUAUCAAUGGUGGAGGGGCGUUUGUCGAUUUCGAUUUUGGUUUUUUGAUAGCAUUAGCUUCCGACUCCGUACAGGCCGAAGACAGGCGGCGGCGGUUGAGUCUGGCAAGACUAAAGAGAACCUUCCCUCGAAUAAGGGGGUCAGGACUCGAAAUACACAUUACAUGCGAAAGCAAAUAUUCA